AUGCAACAUCAGACUGACAGAACUCUCAAAGAGAUCGGGGUCUGCUGUGAUAAAUGUCCCAUUGUAUGUCAUAUUUUCCCUCGUUUGUGUCUCCUGUAUUUUUUUUCAUCCCCAUUCUUAUAUAUUUGUCUAUUUUACUUUGCUUUCCGCGAAUUCUCUCCCCAUCUCAGACUCUUUCAAUUUCUUCAAACGUUUCUCUUCUCUUUCCCUCUUCUUUCUCCCACUUUUUUCUUUUUUUCUUUUACCUCUCUUCGAAUUUCUUUCUUUCUAUCAUUUCCCUACAUUUUUUGCCCCACUUCCUUUCUUUUUCUUUUUUUUUUCUUCUACUUCUUCAACCGUUUCUCUUCUCUUUCUUUGUCUCUUCGUCAGACAGCCAUAUUUUCCUCUUUUGAUAUCGUUCUUUUCCGUAAUUUUUCUUUUUCUUGUUCCCUUGCUUCUCUUUCUUUCUUUCUUUCUUUCUUUCUUUCUUUCUUUCUUUCUUUCUUUUCUCUUUAUCGCUUACUCUUCCUUUCUCUUUCUUUCGGUCCAUCUCUUCAACCUUUUUUUGUCGCUUUUCUUCUUUCUGAGAUUUUUUUUAUCACUUUUUUUUUUGUUUCCCGCUUUAUACGCUCUUUUUACUUCUUUUUCAUCGUCUCUUACUAUUUUUAUAAGUCUUUCUUCUGUGUCACUUUUUGCGAGUUUCCCUUGUCCAUUGAUCUUCUUUCCAUCUUUUUCUUUUAUCUUUCUGCUUGUCUGCGAUUGAAACUACUUCCUUCUCACUUCUCCUUUUUUUUCUCUUUUUCAUUUGUUCUCUUUUCACACUCUCUCCCUCUCUCCCUCUCUUACACUCUUUUUUCUUUACUUCACACUCACAUUUCCAUAUAUUUCCUCUUCCUUUUUUUUCUUCGUUAUCCAGAUAUUAUUCUUUUUCACUGUUUGUUCAUACUACAUGCAAAAUACUCCUACGCAUUUAUUAAGAUAUCUAUCUAUCUAUCUAUCUAUCUAUCUAUCUAUCUAUCUAUCUAUCUUCUCUUUACAGUCUCUUCAUAUGAGUCUAUCUAUCUAUCUAUCUAUCUAUCUAUCUAUUUAUCUAUCUAUCUGUUUGCUUAUUUCACUUUAUUCAUAUAUAUCUAUAUAUCUCUCAAUUCCAGUCUCUUGAAAUCUAUCAUUUCAAAUUUGUUUCUAUCUAUCUAUCUAUCUAUCUAUCUAUCUAUCUAUCUAUCUAUCUAUUUCACUGUCUUCCUAUUUAUGUAUGUAUCUAUCAAUUUCACUCUCUUCAAUCUAUCUCUCUAUCAUUAUCGUUCCGCCGGCGUCAGUAUUUAA